GAUUAACGAGAACAAAAUACGUCGAGUGAAACUUCACUGCAAUCAACGCUAACAAACUCAAAUUCUAGCACCAAAGCCGUUUUCUACUGAACAGCAGGGUUUUGUUUUUUCUCCUCUGUGCAUCACCUUGUCUUGUGUGCGUGCCUGAGUGGGAUUUGACGGAGUACCCAGUCUCAACAAAGGAAAAAGAACAGGAAUUUCGAAAAUGCUUUCUCAUAUCCGCACUGCCUCCAUCUUUCGCCGCCACCACCGCGAACACCGCGCUUCCGCACCUGUGGAAGCGGCGAUGCCCGCCUCGGCAACGACGACGACGGGCAGCACCUCCUCUGCCGCCACGUAUCCCCACGCCGACCCGUGCUACAACUACUUCGAGCUGUUCCCCGAGGAGGUGGGGGCGGUGGGCAACGUGGAGGUUGUGGAUGCGGAAGAGGCGUAUCUGUGGAAGCUUGUGGGCCGCCGCGUCUCGCAGGCAGCUGCCGAGGCGGAGGGUGGGUGUGUGAAGGUGACACUGGCGGGGUCUGAGGAGGCGCCGCUGUACUACAGCAUCACCGACUCCGAUGAUGAGGUCUACGGCCGUGCGGCGUAUCUCCCUCGUCCCGCUGCGCGUGUGCCGUGCAUGCUGAAGGAGGAGCCCUCGGUCUUUACGGAGAGCUGCUCCUGCGAUGCGUGCUCGGAAGAAGACGAGAACGACUGCUCCUCUGCGUGCAGCUCACCGUGUGCCGACAGCAUGUCGCUGCGCUGCACCUACCCGGUGAACUGUGGCUCGAGCUAA